AUGCUAUUCCGACUUGUCUCCACACUUCUUCUUGCUCAAACCACAUCAGCUUUCUUCUUCGGAGGCGGUGGUGGAGGUUGUGGAUGUCAGCAAGCUCCAGCCUGUGCCCCACCACCAGCACCAGCCCCAUGCUCAGGAGGAAACAUCGUUCAAGGAUACGUCGGAGCUCCACAGCAGGGAGGGUACGCCGCCGCUCCACAAUACCAACAAGGAGGAUACGCUGGAGCUCCACAACAAUUCCAACAAGGACCAGGACCAGCUCCCUACCAACCACAAGGAGGAUACCAAGCUGGGCCAGCUCCAGUUCAAGCCCCAGCUGGAGGAUAUCAAGAACCAGUUCCACAAGCUCCACAAGCACCACAGCCACAACCAGCUGAGGUUGCACCAGCUCAAGUUCAAGCUGGUGGAAAUUAUCAAGAGACUCCAGCUCAAACCGCUGGAGUUGAUCCAGCUCAACAACAGAGCGCUGUCCCAGAAAACGAAGCUGCUUAUACUGGAGAAGAACAAGAAGUUGUCGCUUCUCUUGCCCGUGAGGAGCCAAACUACCAGAACACUGGCACAAAUGUGGUUGAAGCCGAUCAACACGCAUCCGAACUCGGAAAUCAGGCUGCCGCCGCUGCUGCCAAGGUUGCUGAAGUCGUCGAGGAGGAUGAUGAGCCAAUCAAGAAGAAGGAUGAAGGAAAGACAACCAAAGUGAAGACCGUCAAGACCCCAGCUGCUUCUCCUGCUUCUUCUACCACCACCGCCGCAUCUUCCUCCACUUCGACUGAGUUCCCAGUCGGAGAGGAAAUUGUUCCAGACACCAACGAGAAGGAGGUCGAUAUCAGCGAGCUCCACCUCACCGAUGACCCACUUUGCAACUCUGAUGACUUGAGAAAGGUUGUCAUCGAUAACAUUGACGACCAAUUGAACAGCUCGAAGAGAAUGAUCCAAUUGGCAGCUGAGGCGCAAUUCGGAGGACGGUUUGAUGUGAUUUGCGCAAAUGGCGAUUUUAGCUAUGUGACAAACACAGAGCUCUAUUGCCAAGAGACAAAGGGAGAUAUCUCGUGCUACACCUAUCGUCAAUUGUAA